AUGUCUGCAAGUUCUGACUAUGGGAGAGAUUUGAAAAAUAAAUUUUAUCUUUCUAUGCCCAAAGAAAUUCUGAAAGAUGAACGACCAUUUUCAUGUUCAGAAAGAGAGAAAAUGUUUAAUGUGUUAUCAAGUUUUGCUCAACAUCAGAGAAAUUCCACAGGAGAGAAGCCUUAUUCAUGUUCAGAAUGUGAGAAAACCUUUACUGUGAAAUCACGUCUUCUUCAACAUUUCAGAAUUCACACAGAAGAAAAGCCAUUUUCAUGUUUAGAAUGUGGGAAAAGUUUUAGUCGGAAAUCACAUCUUGUACAACAUCAGAGGACUCACACAGGAGAGAAGCCAUUUUCAUGUCAGGAAUGUGGGAAGUUGUUUAAGCGUAAACAUCAUCUAGAACCACAUAUAAGAAGUCACACAGGAGAGAAGCCAUUUUUAUGUUCGGAAUGUGGGAAGUGGUUUAAGAGUCAGCAUCGUCUUAAGAUACACCUGAGAACUCAUACUGGGGAGAAGCCAUAUUCAUGUUCAGAAUGUGAAAAAUAUUUUGCUGACAAAGCUUGUCUUGUUAAACAUCUCCGCAUUCAUACAGGGGAGAAGCCAUUUUCAUGUUCUGAAUGUGGGAAGCGUUUUAGCAGAAAAUCAAGUCUUGAGGAACAUCAGAGAAUUCACACAGGAGAGAAGCAAUUUUCAUGUCCUGAAUGUGAGCAGUGUUUUAGUAGGAAAUCAAAUCUUGAGGUGCAUCAGAGAAUUCACACAGGAGAAAAGCCGUUUUUAUGUCCAGAAUGCGGGAAAUAUUUAAAUGAUAAAUCAAGUCUUGUGAAACAUCAGAGAAUUCACACAGGAGAGAAUCCAUUUUCAUGUCUGGAAUGUGGGAAAUGUUUUAAUGAUAAAUCCAGUCUUGUGCAACAUCAGAAAAUUCACACAGGAGAGAGGCCAUUUCCAUGUCCUGAAUGUAGGAAGUCAUUUAAACGUAAACAUCAUCUUGAAAACCAUCUGAGAACUCACACAGGGGAGAAGCUAUUUUCAUGUACUAAAUGUGCAAAGUGUUUUACUGAGAAAUCAAGUUUUGUGACACACCUGAGAAGUCACACAGGAGAAAAGCCAUUUUAA